AAAAAAAAAAAAGAAACUAGCAUUUUAACGGUAUUUUGAACACGUAUUCUUGAUUUCGUCAUAUACAGGAACUCCAUUACAUUUCAACCUAUGAAGACAGUUAAUUUCUAACAACUAUCGGUUAAAGAAUUGUAACAUUAUACAAAUAGGCGAUUUUAAAUUAUACGGAAAUAUGUUACUUAUAACAGCUUCGAUGUGCGCGUUUCUUUUUAGUUGGCUAUAUUAUUAUAAAUUUCGAAUAAAUCUAAGCUUUUUAUUAACGAGUUGUUAUUAUAACAUAAUAUAUUCCACAAUAGCUAUUCAAGAUAUAAUUAACGACAAAAUUAAUGCCAAAAAUAAUAAAACAGAUUUGUUACCAAUGCCUGAAAAAGUCGUUAUUGUAACGGGUGGUUCUAGAGGAAUUGGUGCUAUAGUUACAAGAAUGUUGCUACAAUGUCACAUGGAAGUAAUAAUUGCCUGUCGAACUCCUGCUGCUGGAGAAAAAUUAAUUUCCCAAAUCAGAAAAUCUGGUAUUACUUCAGGAAAAGCAAGAGUUUACAAACUUGACAAUACUUCGUUGGAAUCUGUAAAAGAAUUUGUUAAUCAAAUUAAACUUAAUUAUAACAAAAUACACAUUUUAAUAAAUAAUGCUGGUAUAAUGUUUACUCCGCGUGAAGAAACAAAGGAUGGUUUUGAACAGCAAUGGAGUGUAAAUUAUUUGGCACACUUUUAUUUGACAGCAUUAUUAUUACCUCUACUGAAAGCUGGCAGUCGUCCACAAGAAAACAGUAGAGUUAUUAAUGUUUCUUCUUGUGCUCAUUAUGGUGGAUAUAUACAAUUCGAUGACAUAAAUUUUAAAAAAAAUUUCAAUACAUAUGCAAUGUAUGGGCAAAGUAAAUUAGCUCAAGUAAUUUCUACAAAACAUUUACAAAAUCUUUUUAAAAAGAAACAACUGGGAAUUCAAAUGUAUGCGGUACAUCCAGGAAUUGUUAAUACAGAUUUAUUUCAAAAUUCUUAUAUAUAUAAAUUAAAAUUUUUAAGUAAAUAUAUAAUAAAGAGUCCUGAACAAGGAGCUAUAGUAAUAAUCUAUGCAGCUACAAAUGAUAAAAUUAAAGAACAUGGUGGCAUUUAUAUUAAUAAUUGUAAAGAAACAAAAGUAAAUCCUAUAGCUUUUGAUAAAUCUGUUCAAGAAAAAUUAUUCCAUCUAUCUCUUGAACAAGUGCAAUUGAAAGAUUUUUUUCAAUACAUUGAUAUUUAACAUUGUUGUAUUUUUAU